AUGCUGCAUUUUGGCAAGAAGAACGCGACGAAAAGCAAGCGAGGUACCUGCUCUCUCUAUAACUUUUUUGAAAUAAUACGUUUCUCCUUCAGUCCAUUUAUGGAUUUUAUAUUUGUGAUAAACGCGGCACCACCAGGGGUGGAGUGGGAGGGGCGCACCAAUUGGAACCAACUGGCCACUGGCGGCGACGCGCCGCCGGCUCGCUACGGCCACUCCCUCGUCACCAUCCGAGCACCCGCUUCUAAGGGCUCCGGCACAGCGGCUUCGGUGAUACUCUUCGGCGGGUCCAACCAAGUCGAGUUCUCCAACGAGGUCUUUGCGCUCUCGUGGCGCGACAAGCGCUGGCGCGUGCUGCAGGAGGGCGGCCCUGACGAGGACGCGCCGCCCGCGCAGCAAGGCGGCGCCGCGGCGACGAUGCCCAUCAAGCGCCACUUCCACACGGCCGUCGUGUGGCCCAACCCGGCGGCCGCUUCCUCGUCAAACGGCGAACCGAACCACAACGACAAGAAGGAGAAGAAGGACAAGAAAGACAAGAAGGGCAAGCAGAAGUGCGAAGAGGCUGAGCAUAACCACAACAAGGAGGAGGAAGCGGAGGAGGGAGGAGAAAAGCCCUCGCCGGCCGGCAAGAUGUUCGUCUUCGGCGGCAAGAGCAACGGCUACCUCAACGACCUCUGGCAGUUCGACCCCGAGGCGAAUACGUGGGAGGAGGUGAAGCCGGCGGAUCAAGCCAACCGGCUGCCGGUGAAGCGCUACGGCCACAGCGCGGUGGUGCGCGAUGACGAGAUGUGGGUGUUCGGCGGAUUCGACAGCGAUUCGUGGACCUGCUCCGAUCUGUGGUCCUUCCACUUUGUGAGCAAGGAGUGGAAGAGAUCCGAGUUCAAGAAGAACAAGCCGGCACCCGCACCGCGGUUCCAACACUCAGCAGUGUACAGCAGGACGCGCGACCGCAUGUUCGUGUUUGGGGGCCAGGGCGACAAGAAUGCCGUCAUGGCCGACCUGUGGAGCUUUGACUUCAAAAAAUGCAAGUGGGAGCAGCUGGGCGGCACCCAGCAAGCGACCGGCGACGCAGCAAAACAGAAGGACAGCAGCAGCAAGGCUGCGUCGCAGGGACCAAGACCAGAGGCGCGGUACGGCCAUGUGGCACUGUGCGAUGCCCAAGGCGAGCACAUGGUCGUCAUGGGCGGCUUCAACAAGCGACAGUCCUUUUCCGACAUCUGGCAGUUCCACUUCGCAACCGGCAAAUGGAUGAAGUGGGAUGUGCGCGGGACAGCACCGCGCGGCAUGGUCUUCCAUGCGGCGACGUGGAUUGACGAGCUGACUCUGUUCACGUUUGGCGGGCGCGAUGGCCAAUCCCAGUUUUUCGACGAUGCCAAAUACCUGGUGUUGCCCCAGCCGGAGGUGGUGAACGACAAGAAGAAGGGAGGCAAGAGAAACAAGAAGUCCCAACAACGUGGACCAGAUCUGGAGGCUCUGGUGCCAGACGAAGUGCUGCUUCUCAUCUUCUCCUAUCUUCGCAACGAUGUCACUUCCCUGUGCCAAGCUGCUUGCGCCUGUCGUCGGUGGAACAUGAUGAUCACGCUGGAGAACACCCUCUGGGUGGAUGCUGUUCAGGCCAUUCCCCAGUUGGCCUGGAGAAAUUUGCACCAGUUCCGCGACGUGCCUGGAGGCAUGCGCAGUGUA